UGUGGUACCCAGUUGGACGGUGGCACUCGGGACGUCCUGACAGAGUUUUAGUCACAGCCCGCACGCCCCUCACUUUCCUCCCGACUGUGGUGCUUUGGAGUCUACCUUUUCCCAGCGGGGAGACAUGAGCGACGGCAGCCGGCGCGACGACUAUGAUCAGUUCAAGGAACAGCUGCGACUCCAGAAACUCUUUGAGGAGGGCACCCGGAUGCCCGAGGGCAACGACCCCUUCACUUAUGUGGACCAAGCCGAUGGCACCACUUACGAGUGGGAUUUGGACAAGAAGGCAUGGUUUCCCAAGAUAUCUGAAGAUUUUCUUGCUACAUAUCAAGCCAAUUAUGGGUUCUCUGAUGAUAGUCCCUCUUCUUCUCAUACAAAAAAGGAGAAUAAAGCUGAUGUGAGUGAAAAAGCUAAAGGGAAACCUGCUGAUAAAAAAUCCAUAGAAGAUAUUGAAAAAAAGCAGAAAGGAGAAAAAAGAAAGCCUGAACCUGGAUGGUUUCAAGUUGAAGAGGACAGAAAUACAAAUGUUUAUGUUACUGGCUUACCUCCAGACAUUACAAAGGAGGAAUUUGUUCAGCUUAUGUCCAAAUGUGGCAUUAUCAUGAAAGAUCCUCAAACUGAAGAAUAUAAAAUCAAACUUUAUAAAGAUAAACAAGGAAAUCUGAAAGGAGAUGGGCUUUGCUGUUAUUUGAAGAAAGAAUCUGUCCCUCUAGCAUUAAAGCUUCUGGAUGAUGAUCAAAUCAGAGGCUAUAGACUGCAUGUUGAAAAAGCAAAAUUUCAGCUCAAGGGUGAAUACGAUGCCAGUAAGAAGAAGAAGAAAUGCAAAGAUUACAAGAAAAAGCUGUCUCUUCAACAAAAACAGCUAGAUUGGUGGCCCGAGAAGAAAACUGGCACAGCGCGAAUGCGGCAUGAGCGUGUCGUCAUUAUCAAGAACAUGUUCCAUCCUAAGGAUUUUGAGGAGGAUCCGUUAGUGCUAAAUGAAAUCAGAGAAGACCUCCGAACAGAAUGUGAAAAGUUUGGGCAAGUAAAGAAGGUCCUUGUCUUUGAUAGACAUCCAGAUGGUGUGGCCUCUGUGUCAUACAAGGAACCAGAAGAAGCUGAUCUCUGCAUACAAGCCCUCAAUGAGAGAUGGUUUGGUGGUCGUCAGUUAAAUGUAGAAGUAUGGGAUGGUGUGACCGAUUACCAGGUUGAAGAGACAUCAAGAGAGAGAGAAGAAAGACUGAAAGGCUGGGAGUCUUUUCUAGAGCAUCCUAACAUCCAGAAAGAAAUUCAUUCAUCAGAUCCUGAUUCUGCUUCUGGAAGCGGGACCUUGGCAGCAGGGAAGCAAUCCCCAGAGAAGAGUACACCAAAAGAACAAAAACAAGAAGUACAAAAGAGAGUAAGCUUUGAUGAUGAUGGCACUCAGUCUACUGACAGCAGCCUUGGAGGCAGUGAUAACGAAGACACAGAACAUGUGUAACCCAUUCCAUGUGCCCUAUAGCUUGAGAUUUGUUGGAUUUCUCUUCCAAGUUUCUUCCAAGUUUCAGGGCAAUUGCUAGCCCUGUCAACUUAGAAGUUUUGUCAUUUCUAUUCAAGUCCCUACUUAAUAAGGAACUCAAAAUAUUUGUUGACUGACCACGUCAGGACAAUAAAAAUCUUGUUAGAAUCUUGCAUGUGUGCUGUUCCUUGUAACUGCAGCGCCUAAUAAAAUAUUACCCAGUAGAGUCUCAAAAA